GUUGCGCGCCCGGGUGCAUUUCGCAUCGAGAUUUAUCACCCGAGGAGACGCACUGUAAUGGGCUAUCGGCGGGGAGAAUCUGGAAGGCGGGGGAGAAUCUGGAAAUCGGUCAAUUGAGCCGAAUCUGGAAGUCCGUGGAUUGAGCUGAAACAACUCUGGGUUUCUUGUAUUUAUUUUUUAAAGAGAUUUUGCUCUAAUUGUCAUGAUGACCGACUUGCUGUCCGUGGUGUCGGAGGCGGAGAGGAAGUCCUUUCCAACCCUCUCUCAGCUCUCAGAAAACGACGUUGACAGCAUUUGGUCGAACGUGUCAUCUUUCGUGGAGCGACAGAUGACCUUGCAAAAGGGGGUCUACAUUGCAGGCCUGGGAUCCUUCACCUUCUCUCAGCAGAAGCUGGACGUAGGCAACAAGUUUGUUUUGAUCCAGCGACCCAUCUUCCUGCUCUCUGAGAAGCUGUCCCAGUCACACGGCCUGAAGCAGGUCAAACCACUGUCUGCAGCAGGGGACGUGCCACUGGUCCAGCUCAACUUCACAGCCCUGUCUGUGGAGAGCCCGUUUGAGCGGCACGUGGUGGAGGGCUGUGUGAGAGAGACUCUGCUGGUGUUGCUGAGAGCCGUGGCCGCCGGACGCUCAGUCCUCUUCACCUUCCACGCCAUCGGAGAGCUGUUGUUCUGCCAGAGCAAAGUCAAGAUGAAGUUCUACCACGACUUUGUCACCGCCUUGGACGGCAGCGGGAAGCUGCUCUUGGCGCUCUCCAAUAGACCUGGCACCAGCAACUCUGUCCUGUUUGAGAGAUCCAGCAUAACAAGGACCAGCAACACCAUCAUCCUCCCCAGGAUCUCUUCCGAACAGGGGGGGAAGGACUGGGGAGAGGAGGCCCUGGCCCAGGUCCAGACAGACUCAGACAGGAAGGAGAAGAAUAGAGAAUCCCUGGGGACUCCGCAGUCCAGAUCCAGACACACCCUGCACCCAGCCAAGGUCAACGGGAUCAGUCUCACUGAUGACCUGGAGCCCAGACCUCCAGCGGAGACCAACACUGACAGGUCCACAGUGUCUAUCCUACCACUGGAGGGCGCUGCUCUGAAGGAGGGGAAGGUGAAGAGGGGGGACUCUCACCUGGACAUGCCCUGUGUCAACCACAACAGGGCUGGACAGGAGUUGUGUUACCUGUGCAUGCAGCGGGCCCAGCGUAACAUCCCCCACUACCUGGCAGAGGAGAGGCUGACGGAACAGCAGGAGGAGGAGAGGGUGUUACAGUUCAACGAGCAGCACAGAGACCAGUACUACCUACAGAGGCAGCAGGCGGACCGUCUGGAGAUACGUGAGAACAACCAGAAGGUGGCAGCGUUCAACCUGGCAGUGUCUGAAGCCAUGAAGGCGAAGAAGGUUGCUCGCUCCUCCCACUUCCAUGGUUCGUACAUCUUCAGGGGCCGUCCCCUCACCCCUCCCAGGGUUCAUAAGCAGCGCGGCUACAUGCAGGAUCUGCGGGCCCAGGCAGAGUGGAGGAAGGGCCAGGUCAGCCAGACUCAGCAGGACCAGGAGCUCAUCGACCUGCUACAACAGGUCCAGCUGGCACAGGAAAUCGCCUUGCAAAAGUCCCAGCAUCUCCACCUGAGACAGAAGAACACUAGCUGCUACAAGAAAGCCCUGGAUACACAGGUGGAGUACCAGGGCUCGGGCCUCCCAGCGCGCCUGCCCGACUCGGACGGCCCUGUGUUUGGCCAGCUGGACUGUACCCCUGCUGGGCUGUCAGAGCAGAAGCAGCGGGCGGAGAAGGUAUACCAGGAACAGCUGACCACGGCUAAUAACAAGAGAAAAGAGCUGCUCCUUAACCGCAGCACCAAACAGAAGAACGAGAGAGAGAUGCUCAACAGGAACAGGAAGGAACUGAUAAACGACCACAUCAACCGCUUUGAGAAGCUGCGUAACCUGCGGGCCUCGUUGGAGGACACCUGGAGACGCAGCGCCGACCUGAAACGCCACCGAGACAGAGAGGAGAAGGAAUUCAUCAAGUCUGGGAGCAGUCUUCUGAUUGACCAGUGUGAGCAGUACCGCCGCUGUUACCAGUGCAAGAGGAAGACAGAGAACUGUGGAGAGACAAACAUCUGGAAAGAGUCUCACUACAUCCCUGGCUCUCGCCUCAUGGUGUAGACCGCUGAAACCUGGUCUCAGAGCAAACGUAGCCAUGCCACUCCAUUUAGUAUGAUAUGUUACUUUACAUGGG